GAGAGAGAGAGAGAGAGAGAGAGUUGUGAGGAACAUUUAUGCUCCCUCUUUGCCUCUCUACAUCGGGCCCCUUGAAAUCGUUCUUGGACUGGCUUUGGCCGGUUGGAUUCUCCUCUGGAACGAUCAAGAGGAAGAAGAAGAAGCCGAUCCCAUGGAAGAUGAAAGAGAGGCUCUCCUGAGCAGCAACAAGAACGCAUUGCCCUCGGCACCAGAAGGCGUGGAACUGAAGAGUUUCGGAUCCUUCCUCACAUGGCUUUGUUUAGACAAAUCCAAUAAAUGGAGGGCUGGCCUCUCAGGUUCCGUCUUUCUCAUUCUGGUCAUUGGAGUUCCUCUGGUUUCGCACUUCGUCUACGCUUGCUCCAGCUGUGAUUCCAAGCACCAUCGCCCUUAUGACGCAAUCGUUCAGCUCUCUCUGUCUGUCGUUGCGGCGCUUUCAUUCUACAGCCUGUCGUCUUUUGCUCACAAGUAUGGGGUCAGAAAGUUUCUGUUCCUUGACAAAUUGAGCGAUGCAAGCGAGAAAGUCAGGCAAGAAUACACGCAGCAGCUUCAGAGAUCAAUGAAAAUCCUCUGUGUGUUUGUGCUCCCCUGUUUCCUCGCCGACAGCGCCUACAAGAUAUGGUGGUUCAUCUCAGGUGGAACCGACACGCCCUACUUCGCCGAUGUCUACUUGAGCGACAUUAUAGCUUGCACCUUGCAGCUCUGCUCCUGGCUCUACAGAACAUCCAUCUUCUUCUUCGUUUGCGUCCUCUUCCGUCUGAUAUGCUACCUGCAGAUUCUCCGGCUAGAAGACUACGCCAAGUUCUUCGAACAUGAAUCCGACGUCGGCUCCAUCUUGAUCGAGCACCUCAGUAUCAGAAGAAAUCUCCGAGUGAUCAGUCACAGAUUCAGAGUAUUUAUCUUGUUGGCUCUCGCUUUUAUCACAGCGAGCCAGCUCGCUUCCCUUCUCGUCACAACGAAGACCGGUUCUACUGUCAACAUCUACACUGCUGGAGAGCUCGCAUUAUGCUCGGUUACCUUGGUAACAGGGCUGCUCAUAUGCCUGCGCAGCGCAGCCAAAAUCACGCACAAAGCGCAGGCUGUCACGUGCCUUGCUGCUAAGUGGCACGUCUGCGCCACAGUCGAUUCGUUGGAUGACUUGGACCGCGAGACUCCGACAGCUCAGUUUUCUUCGCCGCUGAUAACCGAGAUCAAUGCGAGUUUGGAUUGGGACAACGAGGAAGGAGACGGAGACGACGAGCUAGAUAACACGAAAAUGGUGCCGCCUUAUGCGCAUACAAUUUCCUUUCAGAAAAGGCAAGCUCUUGUGACCUACUUUGAGCACAACAGGGCAGGCAUUACGGUGUUUGGAUUUAUGUUGGACAGGACGUGGCUGCACACCAUUUUUGCAAUUGAGAUGUCUCUUGCGCUCUGGCUGCUUAACAAGACAAUUGGUAUUUCAUGAACUCUCGCUGUAUCUGUAUAUUAAUGGAGAGAGUGAGUAGGGAAGAAGAUGACUGUGCCAAGAUCAUGUUUUUAGUUUAUUUUCCUUGCAUUUGUGCAAAACAAAGCUAAUUGGCUAUGAAUAAUAAAGAUUUAACCUA